UGUCGUGGACUCGCGGAACUUGUGUAAAGCUUAAACAAGGGAGAGAGCAGGUAGGUAUGUAUGUAUGCAAUUGACCGACUAUAGUCGAUGUAGUUAUCCGGAUCUUUACAGAGCAAUCUUCUCGAGUAUUUGAUUCUGCUCUGCUCGGCCCAAUAUUGAGUAAACAAAGCAUCUCUUAUUAAUAAACCAACAAAUUACAACUGAUAGCAAUUGGUCAAUUCUUCCACCGUUCAUUCGUUCAUUCAUCCAUUCAUUCGUUCAUUACAUUGUCUUAUAACCACUAAUUACAUCGGAGCUCCUUUCAUUCAGACCCCAUUCGCUCGCUCAUUCAUUCACCCAUUCGUCGUUCGCGCACUCUUAUUUUGAUGAUACCUACCGGAAUGGACUGUGACGGCAAUUAUCAGUAACGACUUGCAUUCCAUGGAGACUAUAAUACACGAAGACUCUCCGCUCGCCGCCUAUCUCGAAGGAGAAGGUGGAGAGGACACACGAUGGGCAUCAAGCCAUGAUGGGGAUGCGGAUUCUGAUUUGUCGAGUCCAUCAUUUGCUCCACGAGGGAAGCCAACCGUAUCUCUUAAAUUUCGACAUAAACUUCCUCCGCCUCUGCAGCUUACCCCUCCGCGCAACACCACUGUCGCGGCGAUACAUAAUACCUGUUCCGAAGCUGUCAAUUCACGACUUGGUCGAGCCGACAAUGCAAAGUUUCUCGAACGAUUCCGUUAUGUCAUAGUAGCUUCACAACUUCUCAACACACAUUCCUUUCUUGCGCAGACAGGCCAUGGCCAAUCUCGAGACGUUACAGGGCCUACACUUGAUGCCCCGCAAAUUGGAACCUUCACUCUCUCGGGCGCCGCAGCCACGGCAACACUUGCUUUUUCUUUUACAUGGUUAAUACACUGGACACGCGGAAAUGGAACUUUUGUACGUGGAAAGAUCCGUGUAGCAAUACUAUCUUUUACCGUAGUGGUUUCUGCUAUAGUAUUAUAUACAUAUGUGCGGAAGCAGUGGCUCCAAUACCUUCGACAGCAAUCUAUCGUGGAAGCAUCGCAAUUUGUCCACAAAGCACAGGAAUUUGAUGCUGUUGCGGCAGGAGCUCUAACACUUGUCCAAGAAGUUGAACUGGUAUCUCGUGGAUAUAGACUAAGCACACCCUUGCCCCCCGUCAGUCGUCUCGAAGAUCGAAGUCAGACACGAAGAUGUCUACGGCUCAGAAAGAUCCUCCGAAUUUCCUUUGCGAACAUUAUUCCUCGGUAUAUACAAGCAUGCAACUUAUUGAAGCCCUUAGCGGAAGAGAUGGAUCUAGAUAAAUACUAUGAUGUAUACGAUAUAAGCGAUUUGGACUAUACGGAGGCUAUGCUAGGCUACACAGAAGGCGAAUUCGAGGAUGAGGAUUCUGUCAGGAUAUUGAAAAUAUUCGCUGCUAGAUUCCACACUAUUCGAAAGAUUUUUCUUUGUUGCCUUCUUGCAUUUGAUGCGCAUGGCGGUAAACCGGACUUUCACAGAUGGGGCCUUGCUGUUGACGAAUUACACACACUUUGCUCCGUCACUUCUGAAGCAGAGGGUAAAAUUCGUCGUAUAUUAGGCGAAGAAGAGAAUUUCCCGGUUCCAACCACUCCAAAACUACCCCUUACUCCGGGACGAGAACGUGCGCGGGCACAAUUACGCAAACUAAACACGCUGUCAUCUGGGAUCCGUGGACUACAAGCGAAAUUGCAUGUUUUGCGCGAGGAGUCUGAUAAAUCGUUGAACGACACAGAAGAUGUAUCGGAACUCGGUUCAAAUCUGAUGAUGCAAUACGAUUCAAUAGGCAUUGACUUGAAAGCAUUGAUGCAAGAGUGGGAAGAUGGGAAAGCUGCCUUGGCAGUGAACAUUGACAGGAACGAAAAACGUCUAUCUUCUAUGUGUGGAAUGACAUCGCCAGCAUCAUCUCUAGGAGGCCUAACAGCCGUUGAAGAGGGAACAGCCGCUGACGCUUUGAGAGCUCUCAAUGGUGAGGGGAGAUCUCGGUCUAGCCUUGAAUUGAGUGGUUCCGAAGCAGAAGAGGUGUUUGAAGCAAUCGCGAUACCACACCAACGCAGCAAAUUGACAAGGGAAGAACGUAUUGUGAAGAUGAAGGAAGAUCGUGUGAAGAGAGAGUCUCUGAGAGACCGAGCGGAUGCCAAUACUAAAAUGCUCCGAGAACUCGAGUCUGUAAUUAAUCUACGGCCAAGACCAAGAACUACUCCAGCAGGGAGAAUCACGUCGAUAUGAAAUAAUGUUUAACGUUUUUCUUUACAAAUUUAGAUAGACAUCCUUUGGUUGAUUCGGAAGGCAAGGGAGUUCUGGGAGGCAGGCUACCCUAAAAAUGCUUGAACCAGCUUUCAUUUGUUACUUGAUUUACUUGGAAGGUACUACCCUAGGCGAAUAAGGAGGUGGCAAGGCGCAAAUCUAAUGCUUAUUAUAUAAUAUGUACUCAGAAGUAGUUUAAAAAUAUGAAAACUG